UAUGAUUGUGAAUUAGAGAUGGUAAAAUUUAACUACGUAUUUUUACGUCUGCAGAAGACAGUCCCGGAAGUAAGAGUAAAAUUUAACUACGUAUUUUUACGUCUGCAGAAGACAGUCCCGGAAAGCAGCAACUCGGCACCGUCCUGGGUGCAGGAUGUGGUGAAGGAUGUGGAUGAGAGCUUCAUCAAGACGUUCCUGUCUGCUGUGGACAACAUCCAGAUUGAGAAAAACCUGUGGGAGUUGACCAAAGUACCACACAUGGCCACCACACGUGGAGACGAGCAGACGGUGCAGAUUAUGCUAAAGAGAUGGCAGGACCCUGAAACCGGUCUGGACCAGGCCUGGAGAGAGGAGUACAUGGUGUACCUGUCCUUCCCUGACCCCAAAAACCCCAAUAAAGUCACUGUAGUGAGCCCGUCUGAUACUGUGCUGCACACUGUCAGAGAAAAAGAGAAGCUUUCAGCAGACCAAAAUGACACCGAGGUGGUUCAGCCAUAUGCUGCAUACUCUCCUGCUGGACACCCAAAGGGGAAACUGGUUUAUGCCAAUCAGGGGAAACCCAGUGAUUAUAAGCUGUUGAACCAGACUGUGGAUCUCAGGGGAACCAUCGCUAUCACCAGAUAUGGUGGAGCAGGAAGAGCAGAUAAAGCCAUCAAUGCAGCACCCUAUGGCGUCAUUGGCGUGCUUGUCUACACAGACCCUUUGGACAUCAACGAUGGUCGGAUGUCAGAAACUGACACGUAUCCUCACUCCUGGUACAUGCCACCCUCAGGUGUGGAGAGAGGUUCCUUUACCAGUCAGUUUGGAGACUUACGCACACCCUACCUGGCUGCCAAAGAGGAAACCUACCGAAUUCCAGUGGAGAACAUUACAGGGAUCCCUCCCAUUCCAAUUCAGCCAAUUGGAUUUGAAGAUGCCUACAAAUUAAUCUGUGAACUGGGUGGAGAGGCAGCUCCAGCUGCAUGGCAGGGAGCAUUCAACUGUACCUACAACUUUGGUGGCCCGGGGUUCAAACAAACAUCUGUUUUCAACAACAGUGAUGUUAAGCUGGACAUCUUCAACUAUGAAAAGUUGAAGAACUCCUCAAAUGUGAUGGGAGUUAUCAGAGGGAGUGUUGAGCCAGACAGGUAUGUGAUCUAUGGGAACCACAGAGACAGCUGGGUUUAUGGUGCUAUCGACCCAAGCAGUGGGACAUCAGUCAUGCUGGAAUUGACCAGGGUGUUGGGCAUGAUGGUCAAGCAGGGCAAAUGGAGGCCUCGCAGGUCUAUUAUUUUUGGAAGCUGGGGAGCAGAGGAGUUCGGUCUUAUUGGAUCGACAGAAUACACAGAGCAAUACUACACCAAGCUCAGUGAACGCACCGUUGCUUACAUCAAUGUGGACAUAGCUGUUUUUGCCAAUGCCACCCUGAGAGCUUCAGGGAUGCCAUCAGUACAGAAUGUCAUCUUCACAGCAGCAAAACAGGUCAGUGCACCUGGACUGGACUCCAAGUCUGUGUAUGACAACUGGAUACAGUAUUCCAACAGGACAAGCCCAGCCCAUGGAAUCAUUCCUGGGGUGGGAUCUAUGACAGGUGCAGGAAGUGAUUACGCUGCCUUUGUGCAUUACCUGGGAAUCACUUCCAUUGAUAUUUCAUACACAUAUGACAGGAGUAAAACGAAUGCUCGAAUUUACCCUGCAUACCACACAGCAUAUGACUCCUUUGACUAUGCCUCAAAGUUCAUUGAUCCAGGGUUCUUCAGCCACCAGGCCGUUGCCAGGACAGCAGGCAACAUCUUGAUCCGACUGGCCGACAGCCUGGUGUUGCCAAUAAACUGCAGUGACUAUGCUGAGAGUCUGGAGGACUACCUCAAGACUGCAGUAGAUCUAUAUCAACAUCAGCUUCAAGCUAAGCAUAUAUCCAUGGAACCACUAAAACGUGCAGUGGCCAGCUUCCGCAGUGCAGCUGCUCAUUUGGACCAGGUGAUUCGCACUACAGACCUGGCAAAUGAAAUACCGCUGAAGGUCAGAGGGAUCAACGACCAGCUCAUGUUACUGGACCGAGCUUUCUUGGACCCUCUGGCUUUCCAAGAUAAAUAUGGAUACAGGCAUGUUUUGUGGGCCUCAAGCAGUGCCGGCAAGCCAACCUUCCCAGGUCUGGCUGAUGCCUAUGCCAACGCCCAGUCAUCAGACCAGGCUAGUGACUGGGACAAAGUGCACGAUCACCUGUCAGUCCUGAGCCAGGCCAUUGAGGGCGCUGCCCACACACUGGUUGAUGUCAUAUAGACAAAGAGGAGGACGGAGGAAGACGCUGAACUUGCUCAGGGAUUUUUUUUUUUUUUAAAGACAGCAAUCUGCUGCCAUGAUAUGACUAUUUAUAGGUAAAUUAAGUGAGGGUAUUUGGGAAUCAGCAAACAAAGACCAUCACCAAACAAUAACAUAAAUUAACUCUUCUAUCUUUGGCACAAGAUUAAAAUAUUUAUGUGUGAAGCACUUCAAUUUAUUUUUUUUUUACACAUACACCAACAGUCAAAAUUUGCUUUCACUUACACAGAUUAAAAGUUUAUAAUCUAAAUUUGAAACUUUUCUGCAGGUUACUAAUCUUUAUGGGAAACAUUUGAAAGGUCUAAUUUUUCUCAUUAUGACAGCUUUAGGAUAUUAAAAUUUAAAGGUCAAACACUGAACAUUUUGCUUCAACAAUCAAUUAGGGAGAAUGACGUGCUAGUUUUAAAAACAAUAGGUGUGUACCAAUACUAUGUCAUGUGACAGGAGCAUUAAGCAGCGGUACCUCCGAGCACUUUAUUACUGUAUGUGAUUAUAAGCAAGUAACAAAGCUACAAAGAUGUCAAAUUAUCUGUACCUAAUCUGCAGGUAAACAAACCUUUUAAAAUAUCUAUUUAAUAUGUCAAGGUCUUCAGUUGAAAGCAUUUCUCAAAAACAGAAAAUGCACCUCACCAAAAAUAUGCAUGUACUUUAAGGAGCUCAGUCGCAUGCAGUUGCAGGUUCAAGUACUACUAGACUUGGAUUUUGAGCUGCAAUUCCAGAAUCUGCCAACUGGGGUCAGAAAAGACUUAGAGACCGUCUUACAAGCCAGGUCAGGAUUUGGGAAGUGUUGCUUUCACAAAAGAGGAGUGUCAGUAGAGGCUAGAAACCUGGUCAAAUUAGCCAUUUUACAAAUUCACAUUAUGGGGAGAGAGAUGGGAAAAAACCAUUAAAACUCAUUCUUGUACUACAUGGGUUCGUCUCUUUGGCUUUGUUCAUGUUCAGGCUCUCCUGCCUUUCCUAUCUGCCUAGGCUGCAUAAAUGGCAAAUAAAAAUCUUGAUAGGUCUUGUAAACACAGGUCUCUCAGGGUCUGCUGGCUUUAUCCAGCCCCUUCCACUCUGUUUAACAUUUACAGCAUUAGGCACCCAUCAGAGCCCUUGGAGCCACUGUUGAAACAACUUAGGGGUAGCACUGGUGUGUAAAUGUGUGCUUGUAUAGGUUGGUGGCUGAGACACAUUGGUGGAUUGAUUGUUUUAAAAUGGUUAUUCUACCUUAAACAAGAUGGGUUCCUUUAGUUCUUAAAAUGUGGCUCAAGUGGAAUUUAAUGCCAUUUAGCUGCAUUUUCUGUGUUUACAAUAUGUAUUCAAAGCAAUAAGAGGAAAACUGCAUUUAGGGGAGAGAAACAGAAGAUGAGAUGAAGUAACUGCCAGGAACAUAAUGAACAUGCAGUGUGUAGUUGUAUAAUCAGCUGACAAAUAAAAUAAAUAGCAUUUAUAGUAAUAUGAGCUGUUUUUGUUAAAUUUUGUUUCUAUGUUUCUAUGUUACACAACAUAUACAGUAACCCCAUUAAGUAGAAGCCACUGAAUCUUCAGGAUCAAGCCAUAAUCCUUUUUCUUUUAUUUAUUUAAUCUCACCUUAAGCAAAUUCUUUUGACAUUUUGACCAGUGUAUUGCAGAUCUGACUGGCUGUUCUGCUGGUGAGAUAUACUGUAUAUACGUAUAUAGUUCCUCACUAUUUUUAGCUAGUGUAUUUACAGAGUAUAGAUUUUCUUUUUCAGCAGUGCCACACUUGACAUUCACAGCUUGACAUUAGCAUUUGCAGAACAACCAAAAACUGUCUGUUUCUGGCCACUGAGCAGUUUCAGUGGUGUAGUAAAAGAGGGGGGAACCACAUCAUAACUUCUCUCAAGCCUAUUUGCCUACAGUCUGUAAGAAUGCCAAUCUAAGUGAAUUUCUCUUUUUGUGACUAUUAUUCAGCUGCCUUCUUCGUUGUAUGUCAUUAUGUGCGGUCUCUAGUGACACGGCUCUGACAUUAUGACAAUUUGUUUUAACCAAAACAUCCAUUCACUACUAGAAAACACAAAUUAUUCUAGAUGUCUGUCAAAAACAGUAGACACAGGUGGCACUAGUCAGUCGCAGAGUUUAUUUUUUUUUAAAUAUACAUAGACAUUUAACCCCAUAUUAAAUACCCCACCACCCCUCCCUCCCUUCCUCCUCCCAUUUCACCUCUCACUCUCGGUUCUCUGCUUUCACCGUUCCCCCUCCAGAGAGAAAGCUCGUCCGGCUGGAAAACACACUCUACUUUGUGCAGCGUAUUGCUUAUUAAGACAUUUGCGAAAACAUAAAUUAAAAAUACUAAAGCUUCCCCCCCCUUUUCAUCUCCAAUGUCACACUGUUCUGCACAAAAUCUAAAAAAAUAAUUUUUAAAAAAAGAAAGCAGCACAGUGUCCCUCAGUCUGACUACAUUAAAUGAACUAGAUUCACAACAUGGUAUGACCGUCCUGGCUUGAAGUCUACACAGUGGUUUGCAUCAUAAAUGAAAUGGUAGGAAGAGAAAAUUCAUUCUUCAACAGAUGUCCUGAGUUUGGUCAAAUCAUGUUGGCAUGUGUGUGUG